CGGGGCCGUGUGGCGGGCCAAAGAGAACUAGUCAGGAAUGUCAAUGCGACGAAGUUUCAGAAAGUGGACCCCAGACACGCGACAAUUUCUCUGAGGACUUUUUUUGCGACACUCAUCCCGACAUUUGCUUCCUGGCGCGACACUGUUCUCGCUCUUCUCGCUUCUGGCGAUGGCCUCACCACCUCAUCAUGAGACAAAAGAGAGCCAAGUCGUACAAAAAACAAAUGAACGUCUACGUUCACGCGUUCAAGUUCAGAGAACCGUUCCAGGUGAUUGUUGACGACGAGAUCGUUACCACCAGCGACAAGGCCUCCUUUAAUUUACCUAGAGGGUUGUCGAGAACUAUCCAAGGUGAAGUGAAACCUAUGAUCACCCAGUGUUGCAUGCAAGCGUUGUACAAAACCAACAACCAAAGUGCCAUUGACUUGGCCAAAACCUUUGAAAGACGUCGGUGCAACCAUCCUCCUUCUGAUCCAUUGACGCCUGUAGAGUGUAUCAAGUCGAUUACUUUACCUGACAAUAAAUUCAAAUAUGUGAUAGCCACCCAGCACGUUGAGCUUAGAAACAGAAUGAGGACGGUUCCGGGCGUUCCCUUUGUAUUCAUGAAGAAUUCAGUGAUGGUGAUGGACUCGAUUUCGUCUGCAUCUUUGCGGUACGCCGAGAAGUUGGAGUCACUGAAGUUGACCGGUGGUUUAAACGAUGUGAAGGUGGGAACAAAGAGAGAUCUUGAAGAAGAGGAGGAUGGUGAGGAAAAUAAGUCGGUUAAACCGGUGGUGAAAAAGAAGAAGGGUCCCAAAGGUCCUAAUCCGUUGAGUGUUAAGAAGAAGAAGUCCAAGGAAGACGAGAAGGUCAGUGAGAAGGUUACGAAAACAAGAAGAAAAAGAAAACAUACUAGAAAGGAAGAGAAGUCUGGAGAUGGAGAGGAAAAUAGUUCUGAUGAUGGUGGCGCUGGUUCUGAUGAUUAGUGUAGAUAUCUAUGAAAUGUAACGAUUAAUGUAUAUAUCGAUAGUGUGGUGUAGCUUAGCCACUAGAAAUGAGUGAGAGGUGUGCCAAAUGCUAUGGUGAUAGUGAUGGUCCAUUGUUUGGUUUCGUCUCCUCUU